AUGCGACUAUUGUUGACACUUGCUGCCAGACACAAGAAUCGACAGAUUGUCAAACUGAUAAUGGAUUACAAUGUGAACAACAACAACCCGCAUCUCAAUCUUCUGACCAAUGAGGCAAUUGAGACUGCCGUCGAGAGCAAUGAUGUAGAUUUCCUCUCCUUUCUACUGGACAACAGCAACAGACCGCAUGACGCCAAGCAUCACAUCAUUCUUGGAGAUAUCGAGAUGAGUAAUGUGGACUACCAACUCUUCAAGGUGAUGAUGAGACACUUGCAUGAUUUCCACUUUCCCCAACCCAUCCAACUUGGUGGGCAUAAGCAACUUCUCGAGUCAAUUGGAUCGCAGGAGAAUGCUCACGAGUUCAUCACCUCGGUGGGCGUGCUACGCGAUUGCGGAAUAGGCAGUUCAAUACCACUUAUACUAAAAGACAUAUUGAAUCAAUACUUUAGCUUGGAGCUUCUCGAGCAUAUCCACCAAACACUUCCAGAGUGCUUCAGCAAUGUCAAUUGGCUCUCCAGGCCAGUAUGCACGAGUCCGUCGCGCUACCUCACCUAUCUCGAGUUCAGGAGAACAAGAACAGGAAUGAAAGAGAACUCUCAUCACUUUGUCUUUGCAAUCAUGAACUUCAGCAACUACAUUGAUCGCGACCACCUGGCACUCUUGCAACUGGUCCGUGACCACUUUAUUGACACUGGAAAGAAAUUCUCAAUUUGGGAAGAUAGCAUUAGCGCCGCAAUCUAUCUGGGAUGUCCUUUGGAGGUUAUCAAGUUCUUAAUGGAUUUCAAGAUCAAUGAGUUACAUCUCAUCAUCCGCAAUAUACACCCAUCCCUCCAGUCAAUGGAGCUCUUCCAACUUCUGGCUGCCAGAUAUCCAAACAUCUCGUACGGCACUGAUUCCCUAAACAGUCUACUACUCUCUGGCAACUUUGAGUUGUACCAUCAUUUGAUCGGUCACAUGCAGCGUCUACAGAAACAGACUAUCGAUUAUAAUAAGCUACUCAAUUCUCUUGCCAAUCUCCAACCACAUCCAGAGGUGACCUCAAUCAUUACAUCGUUGAUACACAAUCAUCUCUCCGAACUGCUGGUCGUCGAUUCUGAUGUUCGUCAACAUUUCUUGCUCAACCCAUGUGCACGGGAGACCUUCAUCUCUGCCCUGAAGACAGCACAAUCAAUCACAACCACAACACCAACUCCUCCCUUUACUCUUGGCGACCUAUCCACAUUCAUCUUUCAGCUGAAGAUAAAAGUACCUUUGGCCAGCGAGCGAGUCGAGAUGUUCCAGCAACUUCUGGACAGUGACCUCUUCGCACCCUGGUACCGCCGCCCAAUCCAAGGUUAUCCAAUGAAUGAUAUAAUUCACCACCAGCUCUUUGAACUCCUUCCGGUGCUCGGCCUCAAAUAUCCAAACGCCCAACUUGCAUAUGUGAAGGACGAUUGUUUUGGUACAAUCAAAAGAGUGACGAUGUUUGGACUGUCCGAGUCAUUCAAGGUUCUCAUCACUCACCCGGGACAUAAUCGAUUGGCCUUCCUCAAAGAUGCCAAUCUAGCCUUCGAAAACUUGGACAUCAUUCAAUUCCUCUGCUCCAACAACAUUUACUUCAACAUCUCAGAGUCAUUCCUCCGAGCUGCCAGAACAGGCAAGCUGGAGACAAUCGAGUAUCUGGUUGAAAAACAAAAGGUCUUGGUAACUACUAAGGCUAUGGACGAAGCGGCCAAAAAAGGAAAUCAUCAAGUUGUCGAAUAUCUUCAUAACAAUAGAACUGAAGGAUAUUUAGACCAAGCAUUCAUUGGCGCUGCAAGGGAUGGUCAUCAUGAUGUAUUGGAGUACCUGUUCUCAAUGUUACAAUCAAAGCAAGAUAUGGUCUCGAUGGAUACGUGGGGAACCAUGACUAGGUAUGCAAUGGAGUAUGGACAUGUCUUAACUCUACAGGCUAUCAUCAAUAAUAGGACCAACAUUGGUACUAUUAUCAAACACAACGAGCCCAGUCUAUUUCACUUGCUCGCAUUGCCACAGUCUUUGGUCGAUCAUUCACUCAAGUUAUCCAUCAUCCAAGGACAUCUCAAUCUUGUGUCAUACUUUCUAAACAAGAAGUAUGAUAUGACAUUCCAAUAA